CCUGCCCCGCCUCUCUGGACAGCCGGCUUUUGCAGCCCACGGCUCCCCGGCCUGAGUUCAGCCCAGUGAGGUUAGAGACCCGGAGAAGGGGUCCCGACCCCGGGCUGCUGUCCAUCCGGGCGGUGCCGGAGCCUCCGCCUGCGGAGCACGGCCGGGAGGCGCAGACCCCGGAACCCCGAGGCCUGGGGGAGGUGAGCGGCGGAAGGUCGGGGGAAUGCGGGACAGAGGGAGGACCCCGGCCUUGGGAGGAUCCCGCGCCGGGGCGGGGGGCGCGCGAGCGGGGCCUUUGUAGGCGCACGCAAUGGGGGCCAAGGGCUGGCACCACCGCACUAGCCGUCCCGCGGACGUGCCCCUGACCGCGGCAGGUCGGGCACUUGUCCCCACCUGUCCAGGCCCCGGUCACCCCCCAACUUCCUCCGGACCCGUGCCCGGCGCUCUACCUGCCGGGCCCUGCCGGCGUUUGGAUUUGCUCCCGGCUGUCAGUGAACCUGAGGAACUGUUUCCACCCCUCCCCGGCGCCACUGCCUUCCCGGGCUGCAGGCUCAGAGAUUUGCCUUCUGGAGACUCCACCCACCCUCAGGGAAGAGCCCAGAAAGAAGAUAUGGCUAUUGGAUGGAGGGAAGCAAGGUCUCAUGUGUCGGUGACCUUCGAGGAUGUGGCUGUGCUCUUUACACGGGAUGAGUGGAGGAAGCUGGGUCCUUCUCAGAGAAACGUGUACCAGGAAGUGAUGCUGGAGAACUACAGUAACCUGGUCUCACUGGGACUCCUGUUUUCCAAACCAAGAGUGAUCUCCCUGUUGCAGGAAGGAGAAGAUCCCUGGAAGGUAGAGAAAGAAAGUCCUGGAGGCCCCUCUCUAGGAUGUAAGAGCAGUCCUAAAACUACAAAGUCAACUCAAACCCAAGAUUCAUCAUUUCAGGGGCUAAGAAGGAAAAGACUCAAAAGGGAUGAACCCUGGAGUUUCCUAUCAGAAAAACCCUGCAUAUAUGAAGACAGAUUAAAGAAACAAAAGGACAAAAAUGAACGUUUACAAAUAAUUUCAAUCACCCAUACAAAAAUCCUCCCUGUAAAAAGAAGCCAUAAAAAUAGCAACUUUGGCCAAAAUUUCAGCCUGAAAUCAGUCUUUGUUAAGCAACAGAGGGUUGCUAGAGAAAAAACACCCUCAAAAUAUGAAAUACAAAGAAAUAGCUUCAAGCAGAAUUCAAACUUACUUAGCCAAUCAAAAAUCAAAACAGCAGAAAAGCGGUAUAAAUGUAAUAUAUGUGAAAAAGCCUUCAUUCACAAUUCUUCCCUUCGUAAACACCAGAAAAACCACACUGGAGAGAAAUUAUUUAAAUGUAAGGAAUGUUUGAAAGCUUUCAGCCAAAGUUCGGCUCUUAUUCAGCAUCAAAGAACUCAUACUGGAGAGAAACCCUACAUCUGUAAAGAAUGUGGGAAAGCUUUCAGCCACAGUGCAUCCCUCUGCAAACAUCUAAGAAUCCACACUGUGGAGAAAUCCUAUCGAUGUAAAGAAUGUGGUAAAUCCUUCAGCAGAAGGUCUGGCCUUUUUAUACAUCAAAAAAUCCAUGCUCGAGAAAAUCCCCACAGAUACAAUCCAGGUAGGAAGGCAGCCAGCACAUCCCUUCCCGGAUGUCAGAGAAUUCACCUCAGAAAGAAGUCCUAUUUAUGUAAUGAAUGCGGCAACACCUUUAAGUCGAGCUCAUCCCUUCGUUAUCAUCAGAGGAUUCACACGGGAGAGAAACCUUUUAAGUGCAGUGAAUGUGGGAGAGCCUUCAGUCAGAGUGCAUCUCUUAUCCAGCACGAAAGAAUUCACACUGGAGAAAAGCCCUAUCGAUGUAACGAAUGUGGAAAAGGUUUUACUUCUAUUUCAAGACUUAACAGACACCGGAUAAUUCAUACCGGUGAGAAACUGUAUAAUUGUAACGAGUGUGGUAAAGCCUUAAGUUCCCACUCGACGCUUAUCAUCCAUGAAAGAAUUCACACUGGAGAGAAACCGUGUAAAUGCAAAGUGUGUGGGAAAGCCUUCCGACAGAGUUCAGCUCUCAUUCAGCAUCAGAGGAUGCAUACCGGAGAAAGACCCUACAAAUGCAACGAGUGUGGGAAAACAUUCAGGUGUAACUCAUCCCUUAGCAACCAUCAGAGAAUCCACACAGGAGAGAAACCAUACCGGUGUCUGGAAUGUGGGAUCUCUUUUGGCCAAAGUGCAGCUCUUAUUCAACAUCAGAGGAUUCACACAGGAGAAAAACCCUUCGAAUGUAACACGUGUGGGAAGACUUUUAGACAGAGCUCAUCACUUAUUGCACAUCAGAGAAUUCAUACUGGAGAGAAACCCUAUGAAUGUAAUGCAUGUGGGAAACUGUUCAGCCAGAGGUCAUCUCUUACUAAUCAUUAUAAAAUCCACAUUGAAGAGGAUUCCUUGAAAGUAGAUUUGCAUGUGUGAAAGCCUUAAACCAAAGCUCAGCAGGGUAUACAUACUUGAGAUUGAUUUAAUAAAUGUCAUGAUCAUGAGAAAACUUUUCUAUUUUAAUUUUGUCUCAUCAGAUAUUAAAUUCUAAGGACAAAGAGCUCUGACUAUGUAAUAAAUAUGUGGAAAACUUUCAUACCUGUCAGUCACUUUUUAAAAAAUAUCCUAAGAUAAGGGAAUCACAAUUGUAAUUUGAUUGCAAAACCACAAUUUUGACCAUCUGUAAGGUGGGGUUUUUCUAUCUUCUUAUAGAGUAUUAUAUACUAUAUGUGAUGUAUAAACAUGAGAAAAAUCUGGGUGUAGGAGUACUGGAUUUCUCAUUAGAAAGACACCAACUGUAUAAGCCAGUAGCAUAUUUAUUAGAACUAACAUUUUAAUAGCAAACAGAACUGAUCUUAAAAUAUAUGCAUAUGUAGACCAAAUAACAGAUUAAAAAAAAAAAAAAAACCCUGGAAACUACCUCAGUCUCUGGAAUUUGCCUUUUCCUAAAUUGUUGUCAAACUUUGUGCAUGGUUUUCAUUAAAAAAGAGAAAGGAAAAAAA